GGUUUCCUCAUCCGAGCUAGGCUAGCUAGCUCGAGUAUAAAAGUAACACCAGAUCAAUGCAUGGAACAGAAAGAGAUCGAUCAGUUUAUAUGAAAAUGGAGAAUUCAAAGCAUUUUGUUCUGGUUCAUGGUUCUGGUCAUGGAGCGUGGUGUUGGUAUAAGCUGGCAACUCUAUUGAGCUCCACAGGUCACAAUGUUACAACUCUAGACCUUCCGGCAUCCGGGAUCAACCAAACACAGCAACAACAACUUCAUUCGUUUUCCGACUACGCUGAGCCAUUGUUCGAAUUUCUGGGGUCUCUGCCACCAGAAGAGAAGGUUAUCCUUGUCGGACACAGCAUGGGCGGCCCCGUCAUAUCGAUCGCCAUGGAGAUGUUCCCUGAGAAAAUUGCUGCUGCUGUAUUUGCUACUGCUUUCAUGCCUGGUCCUGACUUCAGUUACUUGACCAUUUAUCAAAAGUUGGUAGAGAGAACGGUGGUUUCAGACUCCCAGUUUAUAAAUGAUCAAGGUGUCGACAAUCCUCCAUCCGCAAUGAUCUUUGGGCCAAAGCGGUUGGCGACGAAGCUGUACCAGCUCUCACCACCAGAGGAUUUAACACUGGCAUUGUCUUUGGUGAGAAUUUUCCCAUUGUUUAAAGAAGACAUAAAACUCAGCAAGGAGAAAUAUGGAUCGGUUCCAAGAGUGUUCAUCGUUUCUGACCAAGACCUUUCAAUAGAGGAGGAUGCGCAAAUGUGGAUGAUAGAGAAUAAUCCACCAAAUGAAGUGAAAGUUAUAAAUGGUGCGGAUCACAUGGUCAUGUUGCUGGGAAAUAUGCUUAAUUACCUGGUACUUGUUUACCUGUACACAUGCAUUGUUGAUGAAAAGUAUGAUCGAAUCACUUUUCAUAAAAUAAAGUCACCUUAUUAGUGGUGUAAAUUAUUCUACAUCAAUAAAACUAAUUAAUAUUUGAAAAGGAGUUAGUCUUCAUCUAAUUCAAUAUGUAACAAACAUUUGUAAGAUUUAUUCAUAAUGAAUGGUUGCUAUUAAUACGUAAUAUUAUAAUUUGUUCUCAUUACCUAAUAAAGUUCAUUACUAAUAUUAUUGAUAUUGAUCCCCACAACAACAAAAAGGUGUUGCAAUCCACACUUGUGUGGUAAUUUUCUUCCUAUCUCCACUAAUACUCACAUUUGCCACACAUAAAGAAGAAUACAACGUACACUUUUAAAGGCCACAGUGGCCUUUGCUCAUAUUGUUGAAUCUAAAAGGAAAUAGAAAUGAUAAAAGAGAAAUUUUAU